AUGAAACAAGUGGAGUUCUUAGUGAUUGAUGAAGCUGCUCAACUCAAAGAAUGUGAAUCAACUAUUCCGUUGCAACUAUUUGGCCUCAAGCGUUGUAUUCUCAUUGGUGACGAGAAACAACUUCCUGCAAUGGUCAAAAGCAAGAUUGCUGACAGGGCUGAAUUUGGAAGAAGCUUAUUUGAGAGGCUAGUAAUGUUGGGAUACAAGAAGCAUAUGCUUAAUGUCCAAUAUAGAAUGCAUCCAUCCAUCAGCAUGUUCCCAUGCAAAGAGUUCUAUAAUAAGCAACUUUCUGAUGCUGAGAUUGUAAGAGAAAAAAGCUAUGACAAACGUUUCCUUGAAGGAAAACUUUUUGGUUCAUACUCUUUCAUCAACAUAUCUAAAGGCAAAGAGCAGUGUAAUCCUGAUCAUAGUUUGAAGAAUGUGAUUGAAGCUGCUGCUAUCUCUGAGAUUGUUGGAAGACUUAAAAGGGAGUUUGUAAGGACAAAGAGUAGAGUUAGCAUAGGUAUCAUAUCUCCAUACAAGGCACAAGUUCAUGAAAUCCAAGAGAAAGUGAAGCAGUACAUGAUUUCAGAUCCUAAGUUUUCUGUUAAUGUUCAUUCUGUUGAUGGAUUUCAAGGUGGUGAAGAAGACAUCAUAAUCAUAUCCACAGUUGGUAGCGUGCUCGAUUCCUUGUUUUUGUUGUCCUUUUCUUGUUUUUUUAGAUGUUUUUUUCGUUAG